AUGGCGGGCGCCGAUGCAGCUUUGGGGUCGUUGGUAAAGGGUCUGUACGACGUGCAGGCUUUCAAGUUCGGGAAUUUCGUGCUGAAGAGCGGGCUCUCUUCCCCCGUCUACGUAGAUCUGCGGGGCAUCGUGUCUCGACCGCGGCUUCUGAGUCAGGUCGCAGAACUUUUAUUCCAAACUGCGCAAAAUGCAGGGAUCAAUUUUGAUACUGUCUGUGGAGUACCUUACACAGCUUUACCAUUGGCUACAGUUAUCUGUUCAACUAACCAAAUUCCAAUGCUCAUUAGAAGAAAAGAAACAAAGGAUUACGGUACUAAACGCCUUGUAGAAGGGGCUAUUAAUCCAGGAGAAAACUGUUUGAUCAUCGAAGAUGUCGUUACCAGCGGAUCCAGUGUUUUGGAAACUGUCGAGGUUCUUCAGAAGGAGGGCUUGAAGGUCACAGACGUCAUAGUGCUUCUGGACAGAGAGCAAGGAGGCAAGGAUAAGCUGCAGGCACAUGGGCUUCGUCUCCACUCAGUGUGUACAUUGUCCAAAGUGCUGGAGAUUCUUGAGCAACAGAAAAAAAUUGAUGCUGAGAUGGUUGAGAGAGUGAAGAAAUUUAUUCAGGAGAAUGUUUUUGUGGCAGCUGAUCACAAUGGUUCUCUCCCAUCUAUAAAGAAAGCACCCAAAGAACUCAGCUUCGGUGCACGUGCCGAGCUGCCCGGGAUUCAUCCAAUUGCAUCAAAGCUUCUCAGGGUUAUGCAGAAGAAGGAGACCAAUCUGUGUCUGUCGGCUGACGUUUCAGAAUCCAGAGAUUUGUUGCAGCUAGCAGAUGCUUUAGGACCCAGCAUCUGCAUGCUCAAGACUCAUGUAGAUAUUUUGAAUGACUUUACUCUGGAUGUGAUGAAGGAGUUAACAAGUCUGGCAAAACACCAUGAGUUUUUAAUAUUUGAAGACCGGAAAUUUGCAGACAUAGGAAACACAGUAAAAAAGCAGUAUGAAGGUGGUGUCUUUAAAAUAGCUUCCUGGGCAGAUGUAGUAAAUGCUCACGUGGUCCCAGGCUCGGGAGUUGUGAAAGGCCUGCAAGAAGUUGGCCUGCCUCUGCAGCGGGGGUGCCUGCUCAUUGCAGAAAUGAGCUCUGCUGGCUCCUUGGCCACUGGGGACUACACGAAAGCAGCGGUUAGAAUGGCUGAGGAACAUUCUGAAUUUGUUUUUGGUUUUAUUUCUGGCUCCCGAGUAAGCAUGAAACCAGAAUUUCUUCACUUAACUCCAGGAGUUCAGUUGGAAGCAAGACGUGAUAAUCUCGGCCAACAGUACAAUAGCCCACAAGAAGUUAUUGGCAAACGAGGUUCUGAUAUCAUCAUUGUAGGCCGGGGCAUAAUAGCAUCAGCCAAUCGUCUGGAAGCAGCAGAGAUGUACAGAAAAGCUGCCUGGGAAGCCUAUUUGAGUAGACUUGGCGUCUGA